AUGUUCGCUAAGUGCUUCGCCGCCGUCCUCCUCUGCGCCAUGAUCAUCGGAUCUCACCAACAAGUCGUUGUUCCAGCCUAUUCAGCUGCCUAUGUUCCAUCUGCGUAUGCUUAUCCAUCAGUCUAUUCUCCAUAUGUUGCUGCUGCUGCCUAUCCAUCUGUUUGGGCUUGGGGAUCCAACAAGAACAAGGAUGACUCUGCUCCACGUGCUUUCGCCAGACCAUCUGCUCUUCUCAACAACCAGAAGACAACAAGCGCUUGA